AUCGUCGAAAGACUAGAAUUCUACUAAUUCUAAAUUAUCAUACGGUUUCAAUUUAUUUUCUAAGAGUGCAUAAAGUUCAGAAAACCAUCCCUAGUUUAUAAUGUAUCAUUUUCAAGAAUUACCAUAAUACCAUACCUAACAAUAUUAAGCUAGAUUAAUUGUUUGCUUUCACGGCUGUCUCUCAAGCUUCAUUUAUAAUGAUUUAGUAUACACUUAAAAUAAUUAGGAGUAUUUAAUUGAAAACACCAUCACUCACGAGUCACGAGUUCCAUCUAUAAACCUAUUUUGUAUAUUAAACCAGAAAACGAUGGUCAAAACGUUCAAAUAGAGAACAGUCCGUGUCCAAUUCUCCAUCCUUAUUUCCCUAACUUAGCUCCACAAACAGUAAAACGCAUUCUAAUCAAUAUGGGCUUCUCUCCAAUUCUUUAAUAUUUACAUAUGAUCAAUUUCAGCUGGCGUGACCAUGGCUGGGAAUAUUAUCCCCGCAGUUAUUUAAUCUUGUGUAACUCUGUCUCUUUCCCUCUUCGUAAUUUUCUACAAAUUCAAUGCCGGGUUCCGAAGAAUGGUCAUGGCGGCUCAGUUAGGUGUCACCAAAACCAAACUUCAGAUGGCUUCCCCUUGUCAUAUAUAUAUAUAUAUAGAUGCUCUCGCUGCUUUUACUUCUUUGUGAACGAAAUUGAAGAUGAAGCUUUGCCAGGGAGAUUUCCCUGAGGAACAGAACUAUGAAAUUCUCAGCAGCUCACUGGAAGAAGAAGACAAAGGCUGCCGAUGCAAGCGGUUGCUAAUAAAGUUGAAGCUCAAAUGUCAACCUCCACGAUCAAGAGUUGAUGGAGGGAAGCAGCAAUUUGCAGACAUGGCGGUGAUUGUGGGGAUAGACCAGGAAACUGGUAUCCGGAGGAAGAUAGUAUUGAGAAGCAAUCGUUCAGGGUUGAAGUUAGCUACAAGGCUGAAAUUGUAUCUAGACCAGAAGCAAAAUGAAGAGAACAAAACCAGGUUUCUUAUGGAUCAAAACUCAGAAGAUCAUGAAUCAAAGGAACAUUUUAGUGAUGAGACACCAAAUAAGAAAGCUCCAGAGAGAACAAUCUCCACAAUCAAAAGAGAACUUGCAGGAUCCCCACUUGGCUGGCCGCUUCUCAGGAGAAAAUCGUCUCAGAAGCAACCGAGUUUUAGGAAAUGUAGCAGUCUUAGUGAAACCUCCACCUCUUCAUCUUCUUCCACUUUAGCUUCUGCAUUUUCGAGGCAGUCAUCGGCUCGAAAACAGCCUUCAGCAUCAGAUUUCUGGGAGGAAUUCGGAACCGAUGAGGAAAGGAUUCAGAACUCAAAGACUGACUUUAAUUCCAGAGGAUGUGUCCAUCAUAGUGAUGAUGAUGAUGGUUUGAGGUCCUCUCCCUGCAAACUGUUUAGCCACGGAGAGUUGAAGAAAGCCACUCAAGAUUUCUCUCCACAGAACUUGGUUGGAGAAGGAGGUUGCAGCAGUGUGUACAAAGGCUGCCUCCCUGAUGGGAAAUCAGUUGCAGUGAAAGUACUGAAACAUUACAAGGAAGCUUGGAACGACUUCUCAUUAGAAGUCGAAAUCAUGUCUUCAGUAAAGCAUCAACACAUCACUCCUCUCAUUGGUGUCUGCAUUGAAGGAGAGUCUCUCAUGUUGGUCUAUGAUUUCCUGUCCAAUGGCAGCUUGGAGGAAAGCCUGCAAGAUGAUGGUGAGGAGAAGGCUGUAAUGCCAUGGGAAGUGAGGUUCAGGGUGGCUGUUGAAGUUGCUGAAGCUCUGAGUUACUUGCAUAGUGAAUGUCCAAGGCCAGUCAUCCAUAGAGAUGUCAAGUCUUCCAACAUUCUCCUGUCUAGUGAUCUUCAACCACAGUUAUCAGAUUUUGGGCUUGCCAUAUGGGGCCCAACAAAUUCGACCCACAUGACAAACAAAGAUCUGGUUGGAACCUUUGGGUAUAUAGCUCCAGAGUAUUUCAUGCAUGGAAGGGUGAGUGAGAAAGUAGACAUUUACUCAUUUGGUAUUGUUCUGCUGGAACUGGUCUCUGGAAGGAAAGCAAUCAUCACAAACAAUAGUUCAAAAGCACAAGAGGGAUUAGUCAAAUGGGCGAUUCCAUUGAUGGAAAGUGGGAAUCACAGAGGAUUGCUUGAUCCAAGGUUAAUGAGUGAGCAAGUGGACAACUCUCAAUUGGGUAGAAUGGUUUUGGCUGCCAGCCUUUGCACCAAAGCCUCAGCCAGAUUGCGUCCAACAGCAAGCCAGAUCAUCGAGCUUUUGAAAGGGGUGAAAUGCGAAAAGGAAUGGACAAGUUGCUACAUCAACUAUCUAACGGAGACGAGUUAUCAAGAGGAAGGUGAUGAUGAAAGUUUUCAAAGGCAUGAUCACAAGUCGUCAUUGGACACUUCAUGGUUGGAUUUAGGCUUGGAAGAUGCAACUCAAUUGGGAAGCAUCAGGGUCAUUACCAAGCCGAGGAAAAAACUGAAGGACUACUUGAAGGAAGACCAAUUUUAAUAAUCUAUUAUUAAACUUCAACUGCUCAUCUAAUUUUUUUUUUUUAAUAUAGAAACUCACCUUACUUUUAUAGGAAGUUAAACACUACUUCGGAAAUUUGAUGUGGAAGUACGUAUACCUUCCAAUUAUGUACAGAGAUUCAUAACACAAAACCUCAUAAGCUACUUAUUGAUUUCUUAACGGAAUAUUGUUACGAAUUAAAACUUUUCGUGAUU